AUAUUGCAUGUACUUCUCUUUUUGUUUAUCACAAAACCAUGGUGGGAGACUCAAACAAAGAAGAGUCACUUUAAUAAAAUCAAGAAUGUUUUUAACGGUUAAGAUAAUAACUAUUGGACCCAUCAACUUCUUUUUUCCCUACCUUGAAAUAAAUACACGAUAAAACUCCUAUAGCGGAAUGAAUAAAUAUAAUGUUUCCGUUAUAUAAAGACCAUCAUAAGUUUCAUCAUUAAUCCCACUUUAGUUUCUUUAAAUCCAAUCCCCCCUUCAACCUUAAGCCAAACCCCUCUCUUUCUCUCUCCGUCUCUUUCUAUUACACAUAUGCAAACACACGAGAUGGAUGUUUGUUCACCAGCCACGACCAAGAAGCUCUCAAGACUCGCGAAGCUAAUCCUCUACACCAUCCAGAAGGUCUCAGACGCCUCACGUCACAAACUCCAAACAACCCUCGACCCACAACUACUCGCGAAACGUGGCAAGACCCUACGCAAAUCUCUAAACGAAGCCGUUUCAACUUCCCACUCCCACAUCACAUGCCGUCCCUCCGACCACGACGACGUCCGAUCCUCCUUCAUCUCACCUCUACCGCUCCAGCUCGACUACGAGUUCAGCUGCAGCAGCACCCCACCAAGACGUUCCUACGCCUCGACCACCACCGGACGACGCAGCGGGUCUCGCAAACCGCUUAUCAACAAACGCCAACGCCACGCGUAUAUCCGAUACAACACGCUGCCUAAGAUUCCUCGGGAACGACACGGUGCAGCGGCCGUGUUCCCCGACGUAGCUAGCAGCGUGGGAACCAUGGAUAGCUGCCACGUGGACAGAGCGGCGGAGGAGUUUAUACAGAGGUUCCAUAGGGAGCUGAGGUUGCAGAGGUGGAUGAUGGCUCAGGAGGUUUAAAACAUGUUUUAGCGCCACCUUUCGUUACACCAAAAUAUCAAAUCAUAUGAGAAAAAAAAUACUGUAAUAUGUAACUUUAGUAGUCUUGUUUUGACUUUUUAAUAUUUCCCUGUAUAGUUUUCAUUUUUUAUCUUUCAUUUGUUUUCUGUAAUCAAUGAAUCCAUGAUCGUGUUUAAUUCAGAUCUUCUUGGAAAAAAGUUAGGAAAAUCAAUCUACGAAAUAGCUCUUUUUGUGUAUAUUGGCGCAUAUAUCUGAAUAUAUAUUGUACAUAUGUUCAUGACAAAUUUAAAGAACCAUAGAUGACUAUCAAUGUUUUCUUUAUUGGUCCACCCUAAACUCCUUAUGGAGUGUCAUAGUACCGCCUUCGGGGGAAAGAUAUCCAUACAUGCGUUGAGUUUGUUGUAUGUUAUGAUAAUAUUUAAUUUGUCGUUUACUAUGCUUUUUUUUUUCGUUUUCUAUGCUUUAAGCUACACAUGGACAUAAACGACAAAGUUUAUCAGCCAAAUGAUGUGGAAAAUGAUCCAUCGUUGGGAAUCUAUCUUAAUCCCUAUAAUAAUAACACAUACUUCGGUUGCAUAAGCCAAUAUAUUGUAGUAAGAUUGGUAGAGUCUAACAAGUCGAAAGUUACUGUAAAAGCUUCUCCAAAGUAUAGCAUCGCUCCACCGAAUCCCACUAAAGAUCUAGAGGGUUAGAUCUUAGAACUCGAUCUAUAUUUUGUUUUGCCAUUAAUUGUAAAAGCUUCACUAAUGUUUAUAAACAUUAACUUUGUGUGGGAAGAAUACACACAGUAGUACUGUAUAUGUUUGGAAUAUCCAAUGAAACUAAUAUUAUCGUUUAGACGAGUAACUUCUAUAUUAUGCAUAUCCAAUCAUGUUGUUUUGCACAUGAUGCGGACUUGAUAUAAUAUCUUUCCCAAAUGUGUAAAAACAUUUUGGAAUAAUAUCUUGGUUAUAUAAUAUUCAGAUCGGGACACUUUGUCAUGUAAUGGAUGUUGAUAUGAUUAAAAAGCUAACCAUCACUAAAUGAAACUAAGUAGCUAUCCAUUUGAAGUGUAUUCACUAUCUGUGAUUAAGUUGGUCUUCAAAUCUUUGGCAUGUCGUAUAGUUUUUAGACAAGUCCACAAAACAGGUUUCUGAUGUAUGUCCACAUUAAAUGCUGUCUUAGAGGAGAAAUUAGGAACGUACAUGUGUUUCUUACUUGUGUAACCGGUUUUCAUGCUCACUUAUUUACGUAACGAGACAGAAAUUAAUGAGAUUGAUAUUCAAUCUUUAUGUGGAAUUAGCAUUAUCUGAAAACAUUAAAUUUGAUAACCUUUCUUUCCAUUACUCAUCUACCGUCUGUACUCCAAUUAAUCGAUCAAUUUUCAAUCAUUUCCAUCAAAAUGAUGAUUAAACGAGUCUUCAAAGUAAAGUUUACACGCUAAUCAUUUGAUAUCAGAUCAGAACCUUUUUUUUUGCAAUUUUUUUUAAAGCCUUGCAUUGUACUACUCAUCUAAUCAUAGGGAAACACAUUCUUAUAUACAUAAAACGGGAAAUAGAAAACACAACGAUUCAAGUCAAACCUCAAAGAGGGCCAGCCAUCUUAAAGUACCAAAACAGGUGUCUGAAACAACCGAAAAAAAAAUGACAAGGCAUUCAACAUAAUAAAUCAACCCCUCUCUCCAGAAGUCUUAAUAUGAGUGAUGAUCACUGCCCCACCACCUCGUGACGCAGAUUGAGUUUUGAUCUUCCACUCAACAAAACAAAUCCAUCCAAACGUUCCUUGCUUAUCUAAUUUUUUUUCUUCCUUUUUUUCCUUUUUUUGGAUUUUUUUAAAUGUCCUUUUUUUACUUUUUUUUUCUCAUAAAAAUUUUAACUUACCAAAGGUUUUUGCACUCUGUCGUCUGUCCACCGCAAGUUGAUCUUUGAGUCUUGGUUAUCACGUCAAUAGCCUAAAGGACGUUCACACAGUGGACUUUAAGCUCAACCUGCUGCUGCUAUAUAAGCACCACGAAAUAAAAAAAAACAA